CAGAAUGUUUUAGUGCGUUUGCGGAGACAAUUUAGUCGAUAACGCGCGCUCCAAGUUAUGUAAUAUCACUGGAGAAAAAUCAUGCUGUAGAACGGAUGGGGUAACCCGGGCUAGAGAGCUGAUGUUGUGACUAGCGACUGUUUCGUGCACCACGCGGGAAAAAAAUAAUUGAGAAACAGUGUGAUUUCUGGAAACCGGUGAGUGUGCGUCUGAUGGUGGAUUAAAUCCGUUCGAAACCGGUCGAAGGGAAAAUGGGAAAGAAGGGUCGCAAGACCAGGUGGCGCACUUUAACUAUCACAGAUGAACACAGCGAUAGUGAAGAAUCAAAUACUACCACAUCGGGACACAGAGUCCCCAAAGGAUACCCCCACAAAUCGUACUACAGCCGUUUCACGUAUUCUAGUCAAUCAACGCCUACGAGAAGGUACCAGUGCGAUGGGGCGAAGUCGACGAGGUCCAGCAGCACUGCCAGUGAAAAUAAAAUCACCUUCAACGAAGACGAAUAUACGCGCAUUACGACACCUAGACAAGAUGUAUUAUUUAAAAAGGGUUACUUGAACAAACCCAAAACGUACCAAACGCAAACAUCUACCGGAAAUUCGACCACAUCGACUGGUAAUUCCACCGGAAAUGGAACACCAGACCACCAAUCAACAGACUUAGAAUACGAAUCACAGUUCGUCUUCCCGAAUGGUUUCGUCGAUCAAAACGGAAUCUACUAUAUCAACAGUUUUGAACCGUAUCCAGUGAUGGUUUACAAUCCCCCGACUUAUUAUCAGGAAUUUACGAAUAUUAAAGCGAAAAGAUGCAGCACAGGCUCGUUGACGGAAUCGACGAGUCCGAACAACGAAGAAACUAGUCAAAGCGAGACACCGGAAGUGAAUCCUGUUUACAACGUCGUAUAUCCGGGUUAUUACUACAACGGCGUAUGUGACCCCCCUCAAAACGGGACUGAGAGUGAACCUGAACCCCGUCGAGUGAAGAAACGAAGACGACGAAAGCCUUCGCGAUCGAAAGAGGGCACCACGUCCGAAUCUUCGGAUGAAGUUUUCAGCGACGAAGAACCCCCCGAACCCAAGGAAGAAACUUCACAGAUGCCUGAAGAACCAAAAUCCGAAGAAGACGAGAGUGCGACCCCUAAAUCGUACGAUCUCAAGCCGGACGCCGAAGAGUUCGUGCCCCGCGCCUAUCGACAGCCCCCCGAGACCAUUCCGAUGGAAGCCAACGUACAGUUUAUCAAAAUCCCGUCGAAUUUCGUACCGGUGCCGAUUUUGAAUCCGAUGAGCGAUUUUAACGCAUUUAUCCCACCCGGAAUUCCGAUCAACUUCAUACCUCAAAACUUUAUUAAUUACGUACCUUACAAACCCGCCAUCCAAUCAGAUGAAAAACCGACGGAAAAGCCCGAUGAGACGGUUAAAGAAACGGUUGAAGUUCCUAAAAAUCAAAUCGACAUUGCGAAGAUCGUGUCGAAACUUGAAGAAGCAGCCAAAGAACAAGACGAAACACCGAACCAUAAAGUAAAGAAGAGAUACAGAUACCAAAAAGUCGAACUGAGAAAACCGCCACCGAGUCCCGAACCGCGGGCAUGGAAACCGCCCACUCCGAAAAAAGAAGAAAGCGCACCGAAACCGCUCAGAAACUACUCAGAAACGUUGAAAAAAGCACCGGUUAAACCGAACGAAGAAAAGAUCAAGACCAAACAGAUUGUUAAAGAAGUUGUGAAGAAUCACAGAGUUGAACAAACUCCACAACGAGUGACAAACGAGUGGAUUUCAGUUUCGAGUCGCAAGAAACGAAAGAAUAAGAACGUGGAAGAAACCGGCAAUUUCGAAGAAGAAACAGUUCCCGAGAAAGAAGAACCAAUCCCCGAAAAAGAAGAAUCGGUUCCCAAAAAAGAAGAACCGGUUCCCGAAAAAGAAGAAUCGGUUCCCGAAAAAGAAGAAUCGGUUCCUGAAAAAGAAGAACCGGUUGAGGUCAUUGAACCAGUCGAGGUUAUUGAACCAAUUCCCGAACCCGUCAUUGUCGAAGAAGUGAAGGAAGAGAAGAAAGUUAGGAAGAAAACGAAGAAACACAACACAAAAGUGGCUCCGCCUCCGAUUACGAAGAGAGUUAUCAUCACAGAUGUUGAUUUGUCGGUGAAGGAAGUGAAGGAGGAGCCAAAACCAGUUCUAGAAGAGGAGCCAAAACCGGUUCCAGAGGAAGAAAUAAAAACAGUAGAGGAGGAAAAGCCGGUUGAAGAAAUCGUCGAGAAGAAAGAAUCUCCGGAGAGGAAACCAAAGAAGAAGAAGAAGAAAGUUGCCAAAGCCCCGAUUUUGAAUAGCCAAUCAAGUUCCAACACGACACUUAACGUUCUUGACGAUUCAUACGAUUUUCUCAUGGAUGAAUCGAUAGAGAAAACUAAUGUUGAGGUGUCGCAAGAAUUAGACAAGAUGAUCCAGAGAGGGAUGUACAACAGUCUGGAGGAGAAAAUCAAAUCAAUGAACAUCGAAUCAAACGACAACUUCUUCAAGAGCAUCAUUACGAACAUAUCAAGCCGUGAGCCGAGCGUUGAAAAAAGCUACAAAACGCCCGACUUGAGCAAAAUCCUCACGUCACCUCUCCUCAAACCGGCGAGUUUCGAUCACAAACCGGGCGAUUUUUUAGAUGAAACCACCCCCAAGCCUCUUGGGGGUGGUACCGAGAAUCUCUACCCUAUCACCAGAGCCGUGAAGGAGUGGAUGAGUAAAACGCGCGAGACCACCCCCGAUGUGGAGUUACUCAAAAGUCCCAGCGAAAUCUUUCGCGAGUUUUGCGAUGAAGAUGGGGACGAAGGAACGGAGACGUCGUGUUCUUCACUUGAAGAAGAAGAUUAUCUCAAGGUCCAAGCGGAGGAGAAACGGGGGAAGUACCCCAAACAUGGCAAUCUGCCAUACAGGGCGAUAUGUUGUAGUAUUAUGUGAUGGCGACUGUCUGGGACGCGAUUACUUAAUUCUGGGCGUACUUAAGACGUUGUUUCUUCCGUUUGUGAAUAUUUUUAAGGUUGGUGGUGACGCACCGCUGGUCUUGUGAUGUUAAGAGACUUAUGGAGCGCCCCACAAACGAAAUCAAAAUUUUUUGGUGUUUUUGGCCUCCUCCCUCCCGGUCCAAGGCCUGCUCCAAAGAGACUGAGUUAUACGCUUAAGGCGCGUCACACCACGAAAAUGGCAAAUGUUUCUGUAAUAAUAAUUAAAUCAAUUGAUUGUUCUGUUUCGUAAUGUUGAAUCGUUAUUGUUAUAUAGUUGAUAGGGGACAAAUCCGGCCGUGUCGCGGUUUUAAUUAUGUAGCGGCCGCCAAAUUUUUACGUUGGUUCAAAACGCCAUUUGCUCAUUUACCCCUUAUUGGUUGUCCUUUAGAAUGUAAAAGUAGCGUGCAAUUUUAAGUUUAAGUGUGAUUGCUCCACACCCUAAAUUAUAAUCAUCAUCGCGGCGACAAUAUUAGGGGGUGUGAAAUUCAAAAAGACACUGUUGUAUGUAUGUUAAGUCUAGUGUUAAGUUGUUUUGCGCAUGUAUGGAGUUUUUUCUUAAGUUUUUCCUUUUCGUUUGGUUGUUCUAUUGUUACAAUGUUUGUUAUUUUUGAGAGUUGUGCCUUUGCAAAAUUUUUAAAAUAAAGAAAAUUAUAAUGAA